CCAAGAAGGAAGUCAAUACGAAAUCGGGAGAAACCUAAUCCAAAGCAUCGCAUGGUGACGAUCGGCUGACAAAAAAUCAUACAUUGAUGGUGCACACACCAAAUACAUUUCCAAUUGGCGGGAAGACACAUUCAUCGUCCUCAUUGUUCUAUACAAAACAUUCACAGAAAAUAUAUAUAUACACAUUACCUAAAUCCAUAAGCGUUUUGCGAAGGAGGAAAAGUCCGCAGCAGAGAUUAGGGCAUCAAUGUUAACCGGACGAGAAAGCUUGAUCCGAUUAAUCGGCAAGCGCCGGAGGUUCCUCCCCAACCGUCAAUCUCUUCUCUCCACCCCCCACCAGGGCUUUUUGAAUCUCUGCGAAGGUAAAAAUGGUGGGAAUAUGACUCUCAGUGGAGAAGGAUCAUCAGAGCAAGGUUUGGAUGGUGGAAGUGAUAAUAAAACUGUGGUUGAGAUGUGCGCUCCUCGUGAUUGGGUUACUUGUCCUGUUUGUGGUAACACAGUUUGCGGCGAAGAUUAUAUGAUUAAUUCUCAUUUGGACACAUGCCUAGCAAGAGGAACCAAACGUAAAUUGAAGCAGCGCACACUUCUUCAGUUAAACUUCUGCUUACAAUCAAAAGUUAAAACUCACUCGAGUGAUUCAGAUCAUGUAGGGGCUAAUGUUGUUCAGAAGGGUCCUGAUAACAUAUUAUGUGAUACCAUUCACAAAUUGGAUGGCUUUGUUGAUGGUGAUGAAAAAGCCAGUAUACAGUGCAAAUCACUCUUAAAUUCAGAGUCUAUUUUGUGCAGUGAUGGUUCAGUCGAAAACCUGAUCAAUGGUGACGUUAUCAACCACAGGGUUGGUUUGCCAUCAUUGCUUCCCAAGAAUGAGAUGCCCAAAUAUGAAAUGGCUGAAACUAUGGAUGACAUAUGUGGGAGGGUCCUCGAAACUUUCAUUGUUGGCCGUAAAUUCAGUGAUGAUGCAGAGUUAAAUCAUGGGAAAAGUAUCACACUUUUGAGGGAUCCUGAUAAUAUUAAGGAUUGCAAUGCUAUCAAGGUUCUUUCUGCGGAUUCUGGAUGCGUUAAAGUACUUGGUUUUCUCCCUCGACAGUUGGCUCAAUAUCUGUCUCCUUUAAUGGAUAACUACUGCUUGAGUUUUGAGGGCUGCAUAACUUCCGUUCCAAAACAUUCUCUUGAUGUUGUCCCAAUUCAAAUCAUAUGUCAAAAUGAGAUAUAUUUUGGUGAAAAGGAAUAUGACGGUAUUCAGGUUGUUAAAUCUUUGUGGAAAAAUGCUUUCCAUGUAGCUGAAUCUGCAAAGUCUCAUCCACCGAGCAUGGCAAAAUAUCAGCAGAACUUUUCUUUGUUGAUACAAGAGGUUUUAAGGAGCUAUCCUCGUCUUUUCAGCCAUGAUGAAAAGAUUUUCUUGGAAACUUUAACUUCACUUUCAGAUGAUAGCCAGAGACUUUUUGUUCGGCUGUAUACAAGAAAAGGGCCAUGGUUUCGGAUUUCUAAUAUUUUCUACCCCGAAAUAUCUGAUUGCAACCAAGCAUUCAAGGAACUCUCUGCAACGGGCUAUAUUCGUUCUGUUGGGUCCAUCUGUGACCUACAGGAUAAUGACUUGAAGGAGGUUCUAAAUGUGCUUACUGUUUCUGAGCUACGUGAAAUUUUGUGUAAGCUUAAAAAGAAAUGCAAUUUUGGUUCAAGAAAGCAAGAUUUUAUUACAUCACUUCUUUCUUCAUACGCGGAUGGAUUAUGCCCAGUCCUACCAAAUGUGGUUUUGGAGAAAACAGGAACAUGUAUUCAGAUAUCUUCAUCAGCUGAAUCCCUUAUUUGGCGUGCUGAGAGGCUUUUCUUCCUGAAUGGAGAACAGGAUUUGUCAGCAUUUUUACUUGUGGAUUUGGGGAUUGUCAAGUAUCCAAAUUACAAUUGUAUAAUCUCAAACCAAAUUUUCUCAAGCCGCAAUGAUUUGCUUGCCUAUGAAGAGGCCAUAGAAGUGGCACAAAUAAUGGAUCAGUCUAUUGACAAAAAUAACAAUGAGUUGGUUUUAAGAUGCAUAGAGUUAUCUGGCUCCCGUAUAUCCAACUCUUCUAGUAGAGCAACUCAAUCAUCAACUUCUGAAUCACUGGUGACAUGUUUCUCAUGCUUUUCAGCUUUGUGGGUCUACUCAAAGGUGGUUUUGCUAGGUGUCUCUUUUCUUGAGUGUGAGCGAAGGUACAACGAUGCAAUUAAUUUAUUGAAGCAGCUGCUAAUUAAUUUUACGUCUGAUGGAAGAAGAGGAUAUUGGACUUUGAGGUUGUCAAUUGAUUUGGAGCAUCUGGGUUGUCUCAAUGAGAGCCUUUCGGUUGCUGAAGAUGGGUUACUAGAUCCAUGGGUUCGUGCUGGUUCCAGAACAGCAUUGCAAAGGCUGGUGUUACGAUUGGGAAAACCACCGAGGCGCUGGAAAACUCCCAGUUUUUCUGAGUCUGUCAAGAGGAAGAUCACUGAGGUGGUGCAUGUUCAGGGGAGACCAUUGAACUGUAGGACUGGGAUGAAGAGCAGGUUCUAUGGUGAAGAUGGAGAACAAUGCGGAGUUGAGCAGCUUGCUAUGCAAUAUUAUUCCGGAGAAGGAGGUGGGUGGCAGGGUGUACAUACAGAGAGUGGCAUUUGGUUGACUAUUUUUGGGCUUCUUUUGUGGGACAUUAUUUUUUCCGAUGUACCAGAUGUCUUUCGCACUAGAUUUCAGACCGGCCCUUUAGAUUUGGAUACUGAUGGGUUUUAUGAAGCAAGAAAGAGUCUCCUAGAACCACUACUUGAAAAAAUCUAUGAUGGAAUGGCUGAAGAGAUCCUUAUUACAUCAUGGGAAUCACAUUUAGGAACAGCUUGUCGCGGAGUUAACUGGGACCGACAUUCACUAUCUGAGCUUCGGGCAGCCGUGACAUGCAUUGGUGGCCCUUGUUUGGCCUCAAUCUGCCGGCACUUGGCUCAAGGUUACCGGAGCUGGUCUAGUGGAAUGCCUGAUUUAUUGUUAUGGCGCUUCCAUGGUGAUUAUAGUGGUGAAGCCAAGCUUGUUGAAGUUAAAGGCCCCAGGGAUCGACUCUCUGAACAGCAGAGAGCUUGGCUGCUGUUUUUAAUGGAUUGUGGCUUUAAUACCGAGGUUUGCAGAGUGAGUCCUGCUUCAGUAUCUGGAUGAAAUCAUGUUGUUUUGCUACAAGAUUGUUUGUAUGAAAUUUUAUCAAAGAAUGGCUGCUAACGACAAUUAAAGAGGGCAUUCUAUUUUGAGAAUAAGUGAAGAGUUUACCCUGCAAAUUGUGAACAUGGUUGGAAAUUCUUGCAGAAAGGUGUGUGUUUUCUUUUCCGGAGAAACUUGAAGAAGAGAUGUGGAAAAAUUCUCAGGUGGCAACUCAUGGGCACAACUCUAUGUUUUCAUGACUUUUCAUCUUCUAGAAGGCAAUUCGCCUUGGGCAUGUUGCCAUCGUCGUAAUCAUUACCAUUGCCAUUGCCAUUGUAUUUUAUUUUUCAGAAACGUUUUUCAUUGUACCAAAUGGCCUAAAUGGCACCUCGAUUGACAGUGUAAUGCUAGGAUUUAUCAAGAAUGAGGUGAUUACAGUUGACAUUCUAGUUAUUGUUUCAGAGAUCAAGAGCAAGAGCAAUUACAUGGAGGGGUUGCCAAUUCCUAUGAGAAAUGGGAAGUUAGAUAUUUGUAAAUACUGAAAGUACUUACCAAAAAAUACAUAUAGAUUUAGAGUUUUGAAUUUAAA